ACCAAAAAAAGGAUUCAGAAGGUGAGGGAGAGGAAAAGAAGUAGGGAAUGGCGCCGGUCGGAUUGCCUCCUGGUUUUAGAUUUCAUCCGACCGACGAAGAACUUGUAAAUUAUUAUCUCAAGAGGAAAAUCCAUGGCCUCAAAAUUGAGCUUGAUAUAAUUCCAGAAGUUGAUCUUUACAAAUGCGAACCAUGGGAGUUGGCAGAAAAAUCGUUCUUGCCCAGUAGAGAUCCCGAAUGGUAUUUUUUUGGACCUAGGGACCGCAAAUAUCCGAAUGGAUUCAGGACAAACCGAGCAACUCGAGCAGGAUACUGGAAAUCGACUGGUAAAGAUCGCCGGGUUAGUUGCCAGAAUCGCCCCAUUGGAAUGAAGAAAACACUGGUAUAUUACAGAGGCCGAGCUCCUCAAGGGAUCAGGACAGACUGGGUGAUGCAUGAAUAUCGCCUUGACGAUAAGGAAUGCGAAGGCACCUUUGGAAUUCAGGAUUCUUAUGCCUUGUGUCGUGUAUUUAAGAAAAAUGGUAUAUGCACUGAAAUUGAGGAGCAAGGGCAAUGUAGUUUAUCAUUGGUUGAGAGCACACAGGGCAUUAUCAAUAAUGACUAUGAAACUAUGUCACCAGAUGUGCCUAUAGGAUCGUCACCCUGCAUAGAAGAUGAUGAUAAAGACGAUGCAUGGAUGCAAUUCAUCACGGAUGAUGCAUGGUGCUCCUCCAAUUCUACUGUGGCUGGUGAAGACUUGUCCUGUGUUGCAUUCACAAAUUGAAGAUCGAAUUUAUUGGCUUGUGGGGUGGUGAAUUAACAUAUUGGAUAUAAUUUUGAUGUAAUAAUAAUGGACGCUUUCUUAGAAAGUUUGUAAAAUUAAUCAACUAUUAUAAACCGAAUUGUAUGUAUAACCUUGAGAAGGUUGUCCUUCGGGGUUUUGUGACAAUGUUCAAUUUUCAAUAUGGUUAUGUGGGUCUAGUUAAUUAGCCCCCCUUAUGUGAGCGAGGCUGUUGUGGUGUAUUUGUUGAAUAAUGGUGUAAGAGAUACUAUUUUUAUUUUUUC